AUGAAUGGUUGGUCCCAACGCUCAGAAGGAGAUACACCCUACUUUCAACGCAGAAGUGAACUUACAGUCCACCAAGGCUGUAUUCUCUGGGGGACGAGAGUMKUUAUCCCUCAUAAGCUACAGGAGAGGAUGUUAGAGGAGUUACAUGACAGUCACUUASGAAUUGUCAAAAUGAAAGCUUUAGCGARAAGCUAUGUGUGGUGGCCAAACAUCAAUCAACAGCUGGAAAUGGUAGCUAAGUCUUGCUMUGGUUGUCAACAGAAUCAAAAGAUGCCAAGCAAAGUACCGCUACACCCGUGGGAAUGGGCRACYUUCCCAUGGCAACGCAUACACAUUGAUUUUGCUGGCCCAUUCAAAGAUUCUAUGUUCUUCGUAGUUGUGGAUGCACACAGCAAAUGGCCAGAAGUUAUUCCAAUGAAGUCAACUACAUCAUCAAAGACCAUCGAAGUCCUGAGAAACCUGUUUGCUCGUUUUGGAAUUCYASAACAACUUGUAAGUGACAACKGUCCGCAGUUUGUGUCAGACGAAUUCCAGACCUUCAUGAAGUCCAAUGRAAUAAGACACAUCACUUCGGCUCCAUACCAUCCUGCUACGAAUGGAUUGGCUGAGAGGUCAGUUCAAACUUUCAAACAAGCUUUGAAAUCUAUGGAAGGAAGCUCUUCACCGCUGAAGGAGAAGUUAGCAAAGUUUCUCAUCAAUUAUAGGAACACUCCCCAUUUAACUACAGGAGAGAGUCCAGCGCAAAUGAUGCUCGGAAGACCGUUACGUACUCGUUUGGACCUAGUCAAACCUAACAGGAACCGGAAAAUGUUGAACAAGCAACAUGAGCAAAGCAUGCAGUCAGCCCUUCAUAAUGCAACUCCAGCUAGACAAAUUGCACUUGGAGAUACUGUCAUGGCUCGUGAUUACAGAGGAGAUUACAAGUGGCGUCAAGGCCAAGUUAUUGAGAAGACAGGCCCUCUUAUGUACAAAGUCCAAGUCUCUCCAAAUCUGAUUUGGCGCCGACACAUUGACCAACUCCUUCCAACAAUGGUUCAACAGAGAGUUCCACAAGACAGUGACAUCAGCGAGCAUUUCGACACAGCGAAAGCAGUUCCAGACCCUGGAGUCCCAGCUCCAAUGGAAAACCUGCCGACUGAAGCAAACUCACAGGAAAUGAGAGCGGAGCAAUCCGUUAUCAUCAACAGUCCUGCUAGGACACCAACACCUGCGCAAGCAGCAACACCCGUUGAACGACGUUAUCCACAGAGGGAGCGCAAAGCACCACAAAAACUUGACUUAUGA